CGACUGCUAAACCAUGUGGGGCGGGACUACGGAGAAGUGCUGUCCAUCUAUGUUGAUACAGAUCUGAAAAAAACUGGACUAACGGAGCGUCUGCCUACGUUGCUUUUCGCAUGGACUAAUUUUUUGUUUUAUACAGAGGGCAAAGUUUUUCAAAGCGGGGGAAAAUUGUUCACCUUUAGCUCCACUAGUUAGUGACCUGGCUGCAACAUCUGGGCACCUCUCUGCUACUGUACAAAAGUGAAGGUUGAUAUGCAACAUCAGGUGGAAGUGAGGCUCUCGCGUUCCAUCAGCUCUUUCAACACCAGCCUCCAGCCAAGCCACCAGAGGGUGUCCUUCAAGGCCAGCCCCCUGAACUGUGAUGGAGCCCAUGACGGUGACGACGUCAGUGGUCGGGCCGGAGGAGUUCGAUCGCAAUGCCCCCAGGAUCUGUGGCGUCUGCGGGGACAAGGCCACCGGCUUCCACUUCAAUGCCAUGACCUGUGAGGGCUGCAAAGGGUUCUUCAGGCGCAGCAUGAAACGUAAAGCUUCCUUCACCUGUCCAUUUAACGGGAGCUGCACCAUCACUAAGGACAACCGGCGUCACUGCCAGGCCUGUCGUCUUAAACGCUGCAUUGACAUCGGCAUGAUGAAAGAGUUCAUACUGACAGAUGAAGAGGUUCAACGGAAAAGGGACAUGAUAAUGAAGAGAAAAGAGGAGGAGGCAGCCCGAGAGGCCAUGAGGCCCCGGCUGAAUGAGGAACAGGCUCGGAUCAUCUCCUGCCUGGUGGAAGCUCACCACAAGACCUACGAUGCCUCCUAUUCUGACUUCACACGCUUUAGGCCCCCGGUACGCGAAGGCCCGGUUACACGCAGUGCCAGCAGAGCUGCCUCUCUUCACUCACUCUCUGAUGCCUCGUCUGACUCAUUCAACCACUCACCUGAGUCAGUGGACACCAAAAUGAACUUCAGCAACCUGUUAAUGAUGUACCAAGAUGGCGCAAGUAGUCCAGACUCCAGUGAAGAGGACACAAAACUUUCCAUGCUGCCCCACCUGGCUGACCUGGUGUCCUACAGCAUUCAGAAGGUUAUAGGCUUUGCCAAGAUGAUCCCAGGCUUCAGAGACCUGACAGCAGAGGACCAGAUCGCUCUUUUAAAGUCAAGUGCCAUUGAGAUCAUCAUGCUGCGUUCAAACCAGUCAUUCAGUCUGGAAGACAUGUCCUGGAGCUGUGGAGGACCUGACUUUAAGUAUUGCAUCACCGAUGUGACAAAGGCGGGUCACACUCUGGAGCUGUUGGAGCCGCUGGUGAAAUUCCAAGUCGGUCUGAAGAAACUCAACCUGCACGAGGAGGAGCAUGUGCUGCUGAUGGCCAUCUGCCUGCUCUCCCCAGAUCGUCCCGGUGUCCAAGACCAUGCCCGCAUCGAGCAGCUCCAGGACGACCUGUCCGAAGUGCUACAGGCCUACAUCCGAGUCAACCACCCAGGUGGACGUCUGCUCUACGCCAAGAUGAUCCAGAAGCUGGCUGACCUGCGCAGCCUGAACGAGGAGCACUCCAAGCAGUACCGCUCGCUCUCCUUCCAGCCCGAGCACAGCAUGCAGCUGACCCCGCUGGUGCUGGAAGUGUUUGGCAGCGAGGUGUCAUAGCGGUGGAGGAGGCCUGCGUGGAUGCAUUCACACGCUCGUAACACAGAGGAUGAGUAACCAACCCCUGCUGCCUUUUCCCCAAGAACGCCACUGCCCUCAUAAAAACCUGGGCAUGUGGGAGAAAGAUGGAUAUUCUGACAGGUAGACAGUAAUCUUCACCUCUUCAUCAUCUCUUCAUCCUCCUAACCUCAAGCUACAAGACUCAGACAACUGGACCUCUGGAUUUACAAAAAUGAAACACACUAAACAGGUUCUUGCUUUCUGUUGCACUUGGAUAAUCAGAUUUUAUUUUUGCUUCUGGAUUUGCAAACACUGUACAGAAUCAGAUUUCAUUACAUCACUCAGAUAUCCAGACUCUUUGACAUCCUGGUCCUCUCUCCAUCCCCAAACUCCAAAAAUCACCCCUUUAUCAUGAUGGCCUUUCCUCAAAAACUACUAGAUUCCUGCCACUUUUCCUGCAGUGGGAUGGACACAAAUGUCUCAUCCUCUUUGUAACAUUGCUCCAUGUUCACGCCAUUGCCACAAUACACAGGAGCAAAUGCACAGAUUUACUUUCAUUACCCAUGCUGGGUGAUAAACUCGGUUUAGAUAGCUAUUAACUCUUGUUGGUUUACAGUUUUCAAAAGGAAAGACAUCCAAAUAUAUUAAAUAUCAGAAGCCAUCGGCAAGCUUACAGUAAUCUCAUAGAAAUACAAAGUGAGAGUGGAGCAGGCGUGUUCCCCUGUGAAUCUGUGCAUGUAGUCUCAGAUAGUGUAAUAGACUGAAGAAGGACAUUUAAGUAGGAAAGCGUCAGGAUGGGAAUGGUGGGAAGGAAGGAGGAAACGAGGUUGGAUAAAUGGAGGGAGGUGCUACAGAUGAUGGAAUUCCUUUUUCACAGGACAAAAAGGAAUUUAGUAAAAAAGAAUGUAUGUAUAAAGCUAUAUAAAUAUAAAUGAUACGUAUAAGCUGACAUAUAUAGGAAAACAUGGUUGCUUCCAUGGAAGCAAAUAGUUCUGACUAUUGUACUAUGUAGAGGAUUUGAAGGCCUCUCCUCUGUUGUGUGUGUGUGUGUGUGUGUGCGUGCGUGUGUGCGUGCAUGUGUGUGUGUAUAUGUCAUAUUUCAAAAGGCAAUUACACACACACACUGAGAAGCGUGUGAGGAGUCCUUUUAUUUGCGAGAUACGUGUACAGAGAGGGAGAAUAUUGAUGGACCACUGGGGGGGGUGUGUACAGGCUCUGACUGAGGGUCUAGUGCAGGGAAGCAUUUUGGACCUGUGAAGUUUGUAGAGUGACAUACGCAAACACAACUUCAUGUUGCAUGGAUAGUGACUAUCCAAAAGUAUUUGUUCAGCUGGUUAGAUUGCUGCUAAGACAGAGCUGCGUAGUUGGAGAGAAACCAGCUACCAGCUGUUGCCUCAGGGAAAAGUUUGUCUGAUGAUAUUGUGUACUUGGUGUUUACGAUGUGUGCGGCGUAAGCGUACAAUCAUGAGACCGAGAUUGUUUUUGAAGCUCUAGGCAUCACUGUGAUUUCUAAUCAUACUAAAUAACAGCAGGAGGAAGCUAAAAGAGGGACUUUUUGAAAUAAUAGUUAAUGCGAGACUUUGUUUUCUAAGCUUAUCUGAUCAAAGAAAUUACAUUAGAGGUCAUAAUUAAUACAUUUCAAAUGCAGACUCAUUGGUGUGAAAGUAUCUGCCUUAGCUUUAGUUUGUCUGAUUGUUUUUUUCCCCCAAAGUCAGAACAGUAGCAAUAUACAGUAGUUUAAUGUUGUGAAUGAAAUCCUGAAGAUGCUCUUAGUAGCAGAGUAGCGAUACAACGCACGAGAAAGAUUUUCUUUAUUUGUAAAAAGGUAAACUCAAGCCUCAUAUCUUUUUAUCACAUUUGUAUAAUUUUAACACCAGCCACAUAAGCGAGGUUUAGAAUGUUAAUUUUCAACAUCACUACAUAUCAUACAUCACAUUUCUGUUGACACAGUGUUUGCUCACCCUCAUGCAGACCUGGACCACCCCCUUGUGGACAAACUUUGUAAAUACCACUUGCUAAUUCUGUACAUAUUUAGAAUUUAACGUAGGAUAAUAUAGGAAGAGAAUUCACUUGUUAAUGGCGAGAUGCUCUGCUAUAUGCAAUUAGGAGUUGAACUCUUAUGUUUUAUUCUGCUAGAACGAACAGACAUGGCAGUUCUGGACAGGUUGCUGAGCUGUUUCAGGGAGAACCGGAGAAGACUGCUGGCUUUUUUUCUUUUUGACAUUAAGCGGAAAGAAAUGUACCUGUUUUAUAUGAGUAAAACACCACCACAGCUAAAUGAAUUCCUACUGAAUUGGCCAAUAUAGUCCCAAAUAGUGGACAAACAUCAAUGAGACUUCGAAAAAAUAUGUUUUAUAAUUACAAACACUUCAUAUGAUUAAACAUUCCCAGUGGCAUUUGUUUUUGAGCAUUCCAUCUACACAGUAUACACACAGUUGGUGUAAGCAUCCUAACACACUGGCGGCCUUUGAAACAUGCCCAACAGCUCAGUAACUUCUCGCUAGUAAAUGUCUUCUCUGUCCAUUUCAGGCUUAUGGAUGUAUGUCUUUUUCUCUCUCCUUCUAAAGUCAAUCGAUAAGCUUCUGACAAUUAUACAGUAUAUUCAUAAUCUUUUCAUUUUGGUGAACAUCUGAUUUUAUUUACUGAUUUAAUUUUGUUCCUUUCAAGACUGUCACUUGUAUUGCGUGUCAGAGUUUGCCGUCUUGCUGGCGCUUGGCUUGCUGCGCUGCAGUGUCGUUUUAGUGAAGCAAAGAUGAGCAAAGCGGACUCCUGGAGCCGUUUUCCAAGAACAAGCUUCUUCUUCCCUUUUUUUCCCCCUGAUAUCAAGUGAGUGAAGAUGGAAUAGCUUUUUCUUAACUCACAUAGUGGCUUCAUCCUCACAUACGGGGAAGGGAAGGAACACUGACACUGAUUUUUGUUAAUGGAAGGAAAGAAGUCAGUGUCGCUGUUUUCCACCUGGAGCUGGAUCAUUUCUUUGUGAACGGAGAGGCAGUCCCCAACUCUGUAUAGAAAAACAAAAACAUCUCCUUCUUCAAACCCUCUUGUGAUAAACUAACACUGCCUCAACUGACUUUCACAGGACUUAACCAACGCAAACUGUUGCAGCUACAGCAUGGGCGUGCCUCUUUUUUCAUCAACCAUCUAACCACCUCAAUAACCAGUUACAGCAGGAUUACUCUUCAUAGCUUUAACUCAGCAGCGAGUCAAGCUCUACUUUGGAAAACUGUGGUGCACCAAGGGCUGAUGGGAGUGUAAGUUUUAGGGGCCACAACUGCUGUGGAAUUGUACAGGUCGCUCAAAUGUGGAGAUGACAACCGAGAAUGGCUCCUCUGUCCGGCUCGACCCAGGAAACCUUUGGAGUGGACCUCUAGAAGACUGUGUAGAAUCUGUAAAGAGGAUUAAAGGAGAUAAAAGACUUUUUAAAAAGAGAAUUGCCACAGAUGUGCAGACUUAGUGACACACUGUGACACUGACUGAUACGUCGCCUGUUAAAAUCCAAAGCGGGAUGUUACCUUUGUCACUGCUCUGCGUCUCGCAUCGCAGCUGUUUAAAUUCAGAUUUGUUUUGUUUUGUUUUAAAGUAAUCGUCAUUUGCUAAAGAACAGUUGUUGACAGACUUUUUACAUUUACAUCUACAUCAUCUGUUUCAAAAGAAAUGAAGGAGAGGGUGAUGGUGCGAGAGUCUGCUCACUUGUAAGGAUUCCCUAUUUAACUUUGCUAUGCUGCUGCUGGAUGCUGACUCCUCUCUGGAGAAGCCCUACUUGCCAUUAUUAAUGUAUAUAUUUAGGGUUAAACAUGAAACAUCUGGCUUAUACAUUUUAACCUAAUAGUUGUAGCUGAUGCUAGAGGCCGUUAGCGUUCAAAAGAAUCCAAACAAUGCACAAGUCUCUCGCACCAUUACCCCUCCACCCUUCAACCCAGGUCAGCAGCUCCACCUCAGUAGCCUUACUUACAGCAACCUCACUCAGCUGGAAACAUUUAACAGAUACCUCAGUAAUGUACAGGACAACUUUUCACAAUAGCCUUCAAGGGAACCAAACAUAAACUCAUACCACAGAUGUACUCAGCACACACCAAUACAAACACACACACUACAACUCUCUCCUCAGCAACCUUUGCAGUGUUCAUAAGAUAUACAGGAAACUAGUUGCCAAUUGUUGUAAAAAGGUUGUUAGGUAGAAUCCUGUUGUGAGUAGGCCAGUGGAUCCCAAUGUUUCUCAGUGUUAACUUUCACACUCUCGUUUUUUUCCUCUUUACUCACUUGCUGUCAUCACUGCUUUGCUCUCUUUUUUCUUCGCACUUUGUCGUCUCUCUGUCUCUGUAAACGGACGACGCACCGCUAAGCUUUAGCAGUGCGUUUAGCCAAACAUACUACCUCUCCCUUCUGCACAUAAAUUUAUAAAUAUAUAUAUUUUUGUCGCAGCAUGAUUGUGCUUAAUAUAAAACAUCCAUUUUUACGUUAACACUAAUUUAGAAGUUUUUUGGUGUAUAUGUACAGUAUAUUCCUUUUUUAUCUCUUUUUUAAAAAAAAUGCUGGAUGAUAUCUAUUUUUUUUUUUUUUUUACUUCAAAUUUCUAUAUAAAAUUUUAAACUCACUUAAAUCCGAGGCCUCUUUAGCUCCACUUUCUCACCUAAGUGUGUAGAUGCAUGUUAAAAAUGAUGCAUGAAAGUGAGGCUACAUUCAGAGCAGCAGAAAGUGCCAGAAUUCUUUUGGAUUCUUUUUAUGUGUCUCAAAGAGCAGAUUUAUGUUUUUUAAAGUAUUAUAAUUAUUAUUAUUGUUUUACCCAGGAGAGAAAAAAAACCCAUUUUUUUAGGUAAAUAUCUAAAUGAGCAACUUAUUGGUGGAACAGACAUAAUUUUGAUGAAACAGUAACUUUACAAAGUCCCCUUUACCAAGCAGAAGAGCUGACUCGAUAGGUGAAGUUUUGUAGACUGAAGCAUCGUAUAACAGAACUUUGAAAUGACUGAGAGGUAGAGCCUGACUGAUUUAUUGGCAAGGCGAUAUUAUUGGACUAUAUUUGCUAUUUUUUGUUAUCUGCAUUUUUAAUUGAAAAUAGAAAUGGAAAGAAGAGACAGAAGAAACACCCUUCAGCCAUGUUGCGAACGGUGAUAUUACAUAGUUUUUCCACCAGAGGGCACUUGGCACAAACAACAAGCGGAUGAUCUGAGGUGAGCUGGAUAGAAGGUGAACAAGUGAAUAAAUAACUACACAUAACAAAUGUUCAGGAAAGUUGUAUGUAUCGUGCAUACAAAACAAAAAUAAUCAGCCGAUAUUUUGGAUUAUUGGAUUUUCAUACCACUCGAUUUUAGAAUCGACCUUGAAUAUCCUGUAUCAGUCAGGCUCUACUGCGAGGUGUGCGGGACCUAAAAACAGUUUAUAAAAAUUCUGAAGAGAGAUGUGUCAUAAACUCAGCAAAAUAAUAGUGACAAGUUUAACAUUUAUGGAAGUUCAUUUUCUUGCUUUCAUGAAGCAAGUUAGACGUUUGAUUGAUACCACUUUGGCUCGGUGCAAAUAUUAAGCGGCGACUUUGUUUCUGUAACAAGAUGUAAAGUUAUAUAAGCUCCAUAUUUUACCUCCACCCAUACAAACGUUGCUGUUAAAGUGGACCUGUUAUGUUUUCCCUAUUUGUUUGGGGGGUGGGGCUUGGUAUCAUUUAUAUAUAUACUUAUGAUGGAAGCUACUCAUCUUAAAUAUGGCUGAAGCUUCAAAUAAUGAAUGGCUUAUGUACAAGUAAUCACUGUGAGCCAAAACCUCAACUCUGUUUUUAUACUCCUAGAUCUGUAUGAUGCCUUUGGUCUUGGUGUAAGCUUCACCUAGUUGCUGUACACACUAUGUGUGUGUAUGAGGGGCAACCAAUCAGAAGAAAGUUAGCUUAGGGGGAGGGUUCCCUUAGAGGAAAGGAAUGUUUCGAACAGGAUGAGCUGUGGCGCUGCACCAAGGACAAGUAUAAGCUAAAAUAAGGGAUGUUCUUUUUUUAUCCUUGAAUCAUGCCAGCUACUCAGUACAGACCAACAAUAAAAAUAUGGGGCUGGAAAUAAACAUCACAGGUCCACUUUAAGGUAACUGUCUCCAGGAUGUAGCUUUAUAUUAGGCAUACAGACAUGAGAGUGGUAUGAAUCUCAUUUAUACCAUUGCAAGAAAGCAAGCAUCACGCUGCCCCAACAAUUCAUUUAACCAACAAAGUCACAGAAGGCAAAGGUAAAGUUGAGAGCAGUAAAUCAAAGACAAAGCAGGGACAAAAUACAAAUGAGUGAUUUUAAAUCAAAACAUACUUGACAAGCUUGAGUUUCAUGAGGCUAAUUGAUUGCAUGUCAAAAUAGAGAUGGUUCAUUAUGAGCAGUCAGGAAUCGAGUCUCAUGGGUUGUUGUAUGAAAGUAGCAUAAAGCCAGAGAACCUAAGUGCAAACUUUACAAACAAACCAAAAGAAUCUGAGCUCUGCGAAACAAGAGGAAGCUGGUCCCACUUGAAUCUGCUCGUCAGUUAAUCAAAAUAAUACGCUAACAGAUGUUUGUCUCUACUGACCCACUGCUGUUGAUGAAUUCAUCCCACACAGUCAGAAACCUCUCAGUCAAACUUAUGUAAAUGUUGUCAGCUUCAGCUCAGAUAAUGAGAAAUGCAGUUCGACUUUGACAACUUUGUUUUCCCCCUAACAUUCAAAAUGUAAAAAAAUAACUCCCACCACAGUGACCCUCGGACAGCUUUGUUUUCCCGUGACUGUCUGCGUGUGUUUGUGUGUGCGUGUGUUUUCUUUUUCUCUAGUGCCCUUCAGUUGUCUGAUAAGGGUUUACAACAUUGGGAUCCUAUUUUAGAUACAGUAACAGUUUUUGGGUUCUUUUGCAUCAAAGUAUCACGCACCUGCACCAGCCCAGCACUUCUGCCUUCUUCUAACUCUGAAUGCUUCACCUAUGUGCUGCUCUCACUUAGCUUUCAAAUUAAAGCAGACCUUUAGAAAUAUAUGAUAUGAAUGACUUAGCGAGACUUCACUGUGGCAUUCUAGAAAUUAAUGGGUCAUGUUUCAGCUCACAGCAUGUGCUUUUGGUUUUCUAAGGUUCAUUUAGCACCCUCAUCUGUUGCUGAUGGAAAUCCUUUGGCAGAUGCUUCAUUCAAUUUGCCUCCUGAUUGACGUCAUAUAGUGUCCUUAAAACUAUUAUUAGGAGGAUUAGUCUUAGUUUACACUUAAACGAGCUGUAUUCUGAACAACAGGCUGUGACUCGGAUUCAUAUGUUGCCUGUGUUUGAACCUAAGGAGAGCGGACAGAUAGAAAGCCAGCUUUUCUGUUGUCUAACAGAUGGAUUUCACUCUAAACAGAUUGUCAUCUGUUGCAUUUCUUUGCUACCUCUUUCAAUAUGCGCUUACACAGACACACACACACACACACUGAAAACGCUGCACUCAAAGGUCAACAUGCACCCAUUUGUAACUGACUGUAAGAAGACAGUGAACACAUGACACACACUCAAACACACGCACACUUGUGCCCACUUCUUUUCCCUCACCAGCAGUUUUUUGCCAAUGAUGCACUUGUGUUUUUGUCUCCAAAUGCUCUGCAAAACAUAUGUUUAAAAACAUUUUUAAAAAGAAUUAGUCAUCAAGUUUUAUUUUUUUAAAACCUGUAAUCUCCAUAGUAAGACCUGGGCUAGCCAGGUGCUUAGAAGUGAGUAGGUUUUUCAUCCAUCUGUAUAGAAAGAUUCAUGUCUUCAAAAAUACGAGAGAAAAGAAACAUAAAUGCACAUAUUUCUCAGCUCAGUUGUACCUUGGUGUGCCUAGAACCCACAGCCUUAUUUUGGGACAAUAUCAGGGGUUUUAACCAGAAUACACGAUGUUCUGUAGAGGACAGUUGAGUUUUAUCGAGUAGCCCUCCCCAACCCUCCCUUUAUUUCCACAAUCGGUUUUACGAUGUGCAUGUGGAAGGUGCGCAUCCUCCACGGGGUGUGCUAUGUCAGUGUUUCAGCUAGUUGUGAUACUUUAUUUAUUCCCCUUUCAGACGACACUUUAGAGUUAAAGCAAACAGAAAAACAAGCAAGAAAAAAAACAUUUUGGAGUCUGAUUUAAUUUUUUUAAAUCUAAUUUGGCUCGAUUAAAAGUCUUUUUAAAGGGUUUCCAGUAAAUAACGAUCUAUUAUGUAGGUCUGUGUAUUUCUUGUAGAAUAAAAAUAAAAGUUGAAGUAAUAAUUGAUCUCACCAGAGUCCCAAAAUAAGUACUUUUGCUUUCACACAUGCACACCACCAUGCAGUAAAACUCAGCAGAUCUCAGUGCUUUGAGCAGAAAUUUGUCUUUUUCAGAAUACACAGUUGCCAGGGCGCUGCUGUUGAUGGCACCAUCAAUAGCCUUACGUAAAGACAGAUAGUGUUAUACAUGAACUAAUGUCUCUGUGUGGUAUGAAUCACCACCUUUUAUUUUGUUUUUUGCUCUUUUCUAUUUGCUCUUCUCUUUGAAGUUGAUCCAUUGUACUUUGGUUAAAUGCAUUGUAUUUAGUAAAAUACUGAUGAUGUUUUGGGGAAAUCACACAAA